UCGAUCUUUAUUUCUCCAUUCUCAACUAUAUAUACACAUAUCGGUUUGAUCAAGUAACACAUCUGUCCUUUUUCACGUUUGCUGAGAUUUAGGGUUACUAGUAACAAAAAUGGCAGUUCUUGGAGGAAUUAGCGAAUCUAAGGGCGUUGAAAACAGCCUUGAAAUCGAUACCCUUGCUCGAUUCGCUGUUGAUGAACACAACAAGAAGCAGAAUGCACUGCUGGAGUUUGUGAAGGUAGUAAAUACAAAGCAGCAGGUGGUAGCAGGUACCAUGUACUAUAUCACACUGGAAGCCAAUGAUGGGGGUGCCAAGAAAACUUAUGAAGCCAAGGUGUGGGUUAAGCCAUGGAUGAAUUUCCAAGAAUUGCAGGAAUUCAAGCUUCUUGAUGCUGCAUCUUCAGCUUAACUUCCAUGCAUGGGUGAUGCAGGUGCGUGUGUGAGGAGACAACCGCCAUAUCCGUGAUUUAUGAAUGUGAAUAAUAAAUAUUCGUAGCUCUCCGUGUUAGGAAAGAGGGCGUACGUUCGUAACAUGUGUUUCUGAAAUAAUAAAUUUGGUUUUUAAGUAUCGGCUUUGGUUGUACAUUCGUAGCAUGUGUUUCUGAAACCACAUUAUUUGCGACAUUGAAUGAACCAACCAGGGCCGUCCUAAUUUUUUUGGAGGCUCUGUUACACCUGU